AUGAUGAGCCCACCCCAGCUUCCAUUCUCCCUGCUCCCUCCCGAGCAGAUGGACACUACUGGGAUCGCCCUCGACAAUAACGCCCCGCGCCUCCAGCCUUGCCCCGACGUCGUCGACUACCAGCCCAUCCCAUCCAGCUCCAGCCAAGAGCCCUCGACGGCCAUGGACGUAAGCGCAAGAACGCAGAGCCUGAUCAACAAGCACAAGCGCUUCCUCUCGUACUCGGGGGCCAAGAACGACGCACGCCCGUACCCUUCCCCCAGCCAGCUGCACACUCAGUGGAUCCAGUGGUCGCUCCAGGCAAUGCAGUCCCAGCCAACACAUACAGCUGUCACCAGCAACUUUGCACCAGCAGCGCAACAGCCUGCCCAUACCAACAUUGUCUCUCCUACCCAGGUCUCUCAAACGACCCUCCCACUCCAGCUGCUCCUCCAGCACCUAGUUCAACAUCCCAUCCAGCAACCCCUCCAACAACCACUCCAGCCAUCUUUCCAGCAGCCACUGCAGCUGCCCAUCCAGGAGCCGCUCCAGCAGCUCCAGCAGCAGCCCAUCCAACAAGUCCAGCAAUUCCAGCAGGCCUUCGCCCAUCCCCACCCCGGGCCAAUUACCCCUAUCUCCCCCCUGCCCUACGUCAACUGGGAAGUAGGACCAUCACAUCCGACGCAGGCCUACCCCACCUACCCAGACUACUUCACGAUGGUGUCGCAGCAGCUCCCCAAUGCAGCCGUCUCGCCCAUCCAGUCGACCCUCAGCGAGCCCGCCACGCCUGCGAUCCUAACCCCGCCCGACCUCAUGACUAUGGAACACACCUCCCAGUCCAUGCAUCCUCAGCAGCACGCCUUUGCUGCCCCCGAGCUCCAUCGCCUGCCCGUCCCACCCCCUCACGUCCUCCCACCCCCUCCCCCACUCCCCAUGAACCUCCAGCUCCCCAAGCGCAACCCGGCCGACAGGCACACUGGCUACGUCCAGCACGCUGAGGGCGAGAGCAGCUCUGGACGCGAGCGCCUGAUCUACGUCAACCCUGCUAUCGCGGCGCACCUCCAGGCUGGUGGUGAGGUCGUCGCCGAGGGCGCGGACGGCAAGAAGCGCAAGUUCCGUAUCAGCCGACGCCCGUCGCCUUCGGCUGGUGCUCAUCCUUCCACGUCGCCCGAGAUGGGCCCCAAGAAUGUUUAA